CGCCGGGUUCCUCAGCCUCGUUCUAGGAAAAUUUUUGGUUCCUUCAGGGCCAGGGAUUGUCUACCUAGGUACUUGGCCUUGACCUUCAAUCAUGGCUAAGGAACUCCUUGAUAAACCUAUCCUCGUCCUCGACGGAGGUCUAGGGACAACGUUAGAGGACGAACAUGGGAUCAAGUUCUCGUUCAAAACCCCGUUAUGGUCAUCCCAUCUUCUCAUUGAAAAUACUUCAACAUUACGAAAAGUUCAGCAAGACUUUGCCAGCGCCGGAGCUGAUAUCAUUCUUACCGCAACUUAUCAAUCUAGUUUUGAUGGAUUCGAAAACACCAAAAUGUCCAAUAAAGACGACGACAGCAUUGGUCUUGAAGAAGCAAGGAAAUAUAUGCUCUCAGCAGUCGAUCUCGCUCGGGAAGCCUUUGUUGGACGACCAGGCCUUGUCGCGUUGAGUCUCGGGGCUUAUGGUGCAACGAUGAUCCCAAGUACAGAGUACAGCGGUGCAUAUGGACCCAUGAACGGGGACGACUUGUUCAAAUUUCACAUGGAUCGAAUUUCGACCUUUCAGGACAACCAAAAGGCGUGGCAAGAAAUCGACCUCGUUGCCUUUGAGACCUUGCCGCGAAUCGAUGAAGUCAGAGCCGUUGUCAAUGUCAUGCAAACGACAGCAAACAAGCCAUAUUGGAUAUCUUGUGUUUUUCCGAAUGAUGAUCGAUGUCUGCCCGAUGGAACAACAAUAGACGAGCUGAUCGAAAGCCUUCUUCUACCACCGAAAGGAGGAGCUCGACACCACCACCAACCUUGGGCCAUUGGAAUCAACUGUACAAAAAUCCACAAGAUCAGUAAACUCAUCAAUGCAUUCGAAAACACUUCAAAACGAUCAUCACUCGAUCUACCUAGGUUGGUACUUUAUCCGGACGGUGCUGGCAAUCAAGUCUACGAUACAAAACUACAACAAUGGGUCGGAGAUAACAGCGACCAAAAACCUUGGGACCUUCAGAUGGCUGAUAUCAUCCAAGAGGUCACACAGAGGGGAGCAUGGAAAGGAAUCGUUGUCGGUGGAUGCUGUAAAACAACACCGUAUCAUAUUCAACAACUGAGAAAGAGGGUAGACGCUUUGAAAUAACGAUUUGCGCCAUGAAAAACACAUAUAGCGUGUAUGAAUAAUACAUAUACGGGCUACUAUUGCAGAGAAAAAGGAAUGAGCGAUGCUCCGGAUAGAAUUGAAA